AUGCCUGAUGCGCCGCCAGCACAGCCACGGCGGGCGAGAAAAGUGCCUCAGUAUGAUGAGUAUGGCAAUUAUUUAGGUGACAUACGGGAUGAUGAGCUGCGAAAAAUGGAAGAAACAAAGCAGGUCCAGUCACCAGCGAUACCUUCUCCGCGUCCGCCCCCGCUGCCGGUGAUGCGUGAGCCUAUCCUUCGGUCAGGACAUGCUGUCCCCACGCAGCGUCCACUUCCUUCAAAGCGUGCACGAACGAAUGCGACGGGCCCUUUGCUAUAUUGUGGCGCCGACACAACUUUCUUGUCCCAUCCGUCGCGUUGUUCCUACACCACACAUUCUGAGCUGGAGCUUUUGUUACAUCGAGCAGACCGGCAUUUACUAUAUCCCCCAGGGGGCAUCGAUGCUCUUAGGCGUAUAGAUCCUAUGCGCAUUGCGGAAGAACGUGAACGCUUAGCACGUACUCGGAAAGGCGGAGCGAGAGGUGCAGAUGGUCCUGCUGACUCGACCAUUCUUGGUCUCAACAUUCGCUUGGAUACGCCGGAACUUGUGGAAGAAUGGAUCAAACAGCGCCGGAAGCGUUUUCCAACGUCGUCUGUGGUACAAAAGAAAGAUACAAAGCUACAGGAACGUACACGCUUGCCUGUGACUGUGCCACAAAGAGACGCGCAGUCGGAAAGCAGUAAUCAUGAUGCAUCCGAAUCUGAAGGCGCAUCUUCAGAUUCUAAUUCCGACAUGGAUCCAGAAGCAGAUGCCAUUUCCAGCAAGCAAGAACUUCCUGCGUACCCUGACGAGCGUCCUGUGUGUCGAUUCUGGUUACAUGGUGCAUGUUCGUAUGGUCAACAUUGCCGAAAUGCGCAUACAGAUACGCCCUCUCCAUCUCAUUCCCGACGCCGUAUGCAUCCUCGUCAUACUGUGUCACAUCCGUUUCAGGCGCCUGAUUUGCUUCGACAACUAUUGGAGAGAGAAAUAUUACAACAUGUGGAUGCUCUAGCGCAACUAAUUUAUUUCUUGCUGGACAAUGAUAUGCUGAGCAAUGUCGAGUUCGCACCGGGCGACGCACAGCAGCAGCGAGAGCGACGAGCGCGCGUGGCAGUUGUUCGUGAAGAUUUAUCGCAUGAGGACAAAGAAGAUGAUACCCCAUCUCUCGCCGCACUGCCGCCUACGGCUCCUUCGCCCACUUUGCGUGCUCUCGACGAGCUCGUCUGGCCAGAGGAGCCUGAUCCGCUCAUAUACCUGGAUCCUCUGCGUUCAACGGAUCCUAAGCCGCUCCGACCCAGCGAGCUUUUGUCUCUCGCUACUGAUACCCGACUUAGGCAGAUUUUGCAGCCGACAUCCGCUUUGCAUCCACAUGGUGAAGCAAAUGUUGCACUGCGGCGCUCGCUCGAAUCAUGGGCUGCAUUACCGACGCCUCGACAUCGUGAAGCAGCGCUACAGCUCAUGCUGGGUGUUAGCGCGCAUAGCCCUAUGCACGCACACGAGGCGUACGCGCCUCUGAACCCUCGUUCUGUGCCAUCGGUGCCACACUCAUCGAUGCGUCAAAAUCGAGUCAUUGGAGAAUCUGAACUGUUUCGCUUGGGCUUGCGCAUGGCACCAAAUGAGGUGCGGCUGCUGCAGCACAUUGGUGAGCGCGUAGCUGCGUUGACAUCUGGACUGGAAUAUGCCUAA